AGCAUGAGAAUCAGGGGAACAACGCAGGUUUACUGGCAGAAUGAACCAUUUAAACGCUCAGUAAAUCAGCUUGUCUUUUAGAAAAACGGUUUAUCUUCUGUCGGCGUCAAUGGACGUGAUUCAUGAACAACACAACUCUAUUAGCAGCCAAUAGGUACGGCGAACUAGGCUCAGAGGCAUCGCCAGUUCACCUAUGAUGGAACGGGCGAUGGAGCAGCUUAAUGUACAGCUCAGCCGUCUGACCCGCUCCCUCCGCCGGGCCAGAACCGUGGAACUUCCAGAAGACAAUGAGACGGCAGUCUACACACUCAUGCCUAUGGUCAUGGCUGACCAGCACAGGUCUGUGUCAGAAUUGCUCCUCAACUCCAAGUUUGAUGUGAACUACGCCUUUGGACGAGUAAAGAGAAGCUUGCUACACAUUGCUGCCAACUGUGGGUCAGUGGAGUGUCUGGUUCUGCUGCUGAAGAGAGGAGCCAAUCCAAACUAUCAGGACAUCUCUGGCUGCACCCCUCUGCACCUAGCUGCUAGGAAUGGACAGAAGAAGUGCAUGGGCAAAUUAUUGGAAUAUAAUGCUGAUGUCAAUAUCUGCAACAAUGAGGGCCUGACUGCUAUCCACUGGUUGGCAGUUAAUGGCAGAACAGAGCUUCUGCAUGAUCUGGUCCAGCAUGUGUCUAAUGUGGAUGUGGAGGAUGCCAUGGGACAAACUGCGUUACAUGUAGCAUGUCAGAAUGGACACAAAACAACGGUGUUGUGUCUUCUGGACAGUGGAGCUGACAUCAACCGACCAAAUGUCUCUGGAGCCACACCUCUGUACUUUGCUUGCAGCCAUGGACAGAGGGACACUGCGCAGAUCCUGCUCUCUCGUGGUGCCAAAUACCUUGCUGACAAAAAUGGAAUCACUCCAUUGGAUCUCUGUGUGCAGGGUGGAUAUGGGGAGACCUGUGAGAUUCUCAUCCAGCACCAUGCUAGAUUGUUCCAGAUGCUAAUCCAGAUGACACAGAAUGAGGAUGUUAAAGAGAAUAUGCUCAGGCAGGUUUUGGAGCAUGUGUCUCAGCAGAGUGACAGUCACUAUCAGAAGGUUUUGACCAGUCUUGCAGAAGUGGCGACCACUAAUGGACACAAACUUCUCAGUCUGUCCAGUAGUUAUGAAGCUCAGAUGAAAAGUCUUCUGAGAAUAGUUCGUAUUUUCUGCCACGUGUUCCGCCUCGGCCCUUCUUCUCCCAACAAUGGCAACGAUAUGGGCUACAAUGGGAACAAGACGCCUCGGAGCCAGGUCUUUAAGCCGUUGGAGCUGCUAUGGCAUUCUCUUGAUGAGUGGCUGAUGCUCAUCUCUACAGAGCUGGAAAGAUCCACGAAGAACCCAUCUUUGUCUUCUUCCAGCAGUGAGAUAGCGUCCCUCCUGCUCAAGCAGCGGGAGUCAGACCCCUCCAGGACCACGCUCUCCUUGCUGGAGGGAGAAGCGUAUGUUGACGGGGAGGAUGUGAUCUCCAUGACAGCCAACCGGCUCAGUGCCGUUAUUCAGGCCUUCUACAUGAGCUGCUCGUGUCAGAUGCCACAGGGAAUGACCUCCCCACGCUUUAUAGAGUUUGUCUGCAAGCAUGACGAGGUGCUGAAAUGUUUUGUAACCAGGAAUCCAAAGAUCAUCUUUAACCAUUUCCAUUUUCUGCUUGAGUGUCCAGAGUUGAUGUCACGUUUUAUGCACAUUAUUAAGAACCAGCCUUUUAAGGAUCGCUGUGAGUGGUUCUAUGAGCAUCUGCUGGCUGGCCAGCCAGACUCAGACAUGGUCCAUCGUCCUGUUAAUGAGAGCGACAUCCUUCUCAUCCACAGAGACUCCAUAUUCAGGAGCAGCUGUGAGAUGGUUUCCAAGUCCACUAAUGAGAAGCUCAAACAGGGUAUAGCUGUCCGCUUUCAUGGUGAGGAAGGCAUGGGCCAGGGUGUGGUUCGGGAAUGGUUUGAUAUCCUGUCUAAUGAAAUCAUCAACCCUGACUACGCUCUGUUCACCCAGUCAGCUGAUGGUACAACCUUCCAGCCCAACAGCAACUCCUCUGUGAAUCCAGACCAUCUGAACUACUUCCAGUUUGCGGGUCAGAUUUUGGGUCUGGCUCUCUACCACCGGCAGCUGGUCAACAUCUACUUCACCCGCUCCUUCUACAAACACAUACUGGGUAUUCCAGUGAAUUAUCAGGAUGUGUCAUCUAUCGAUCCAGAGUAUGCUAAAAACCUGCAGUGGAUCUUGGAUAAUGACAUCAGUGACCUGGGUCUGGAGCUGACCUUUUCUGUGGAGACAGAUGUGUUUGGAGCCAUGGAGGAAGUGCCACUCAAACCUGGAGGGAGCAGCAUCCUGGUCACUCAAGACAACAAGGCGGAGUACGUCCAGCUGGUGACGGAGUUGAGGAUGACACGAGCCAUCCAGCCUCAGAUAAACGCCUUCUUGCAAGGAUUCCACACCUUCAUCCCCCCGUCGCUCAUCCAGCUUUUUGAUGAAUAUGAAUUGGAGCUUCUACUAUCAGGGAUGCCAGAGAUGGAUGUGGAGGAUUGGUGCAGAAACACUGAGUACACCAGCGGCUAUGACACUGAAGAUCCUGUGAUCCAGUGGUUUUGGAAGGUGGUGAGGAGUCUCACCCAGGAGGAACGUGUCUUAUUGCUGCAGUUUGUCACUGGAAGUUCCAGGGUUCCUCAUGGUGGCUUUGCCUUUCUCAUGGGUGGCAGUGGUUUGCAGAAGUUCACCAUUGCUGCAGUGCCAUAUACCUCCAACUUGCUGCCUACUUCCAGCACCUGCAUCAACAUGCUGAAACUGCCAGAAUAUCCGACCCAGGAGAUUCUCCGAGACCGACUGCUGGUAGCUCUGCACUGUGGGAGCUAUGGAUACACCAUGGCCUGAACACUCUGCUGCUGUCAGGGCCUCCACUUCUGCACAGUUGCUAAUAGAGGUUGUUGUUGUUGUUGUCAUCAUCAUUGUUAUUGUUCUUAUUUUUUAAUAUAAUGCUGGGAAAACUGUUGAACCACAGGUUCUGCACACUUUUAGUUGUUUUAGGCAUUGCAUCAGCAAAAUGGUAGUUAAUGUAAAUAUUUAAUAUUUCAUCAUAUAAUUUACUGGUCAAUCAUUGCUGUUUACGUUUAAAGACUUUCUGCAUAAGAUACACAAAAAUGGUAGGAAUCAAUGGGAAUGCUGAACAUUCCAUAUCAGAGUUUGAGGAGCUUUCUCAGGUUCCAGCCGCAACCAUU